UGAGCGCUCCUCCUGGACGCGUAGCCGUGAGCCGGGAGCGUUGCGUUGCGGAGACGGGCAGUACCUUCUCGCUCUUUCUCUGACAGUCACCGCAACGCCGGCGGGUGAGUUCUGCACUUCUCUCGCCAGUUCAGCGCUGUUAAAAGGCCCUGCAGACCUUGACCACAAGGCUUCAGUCCACACUACUGACUUUUCACAACAUCAGAGAGCAACAAUGGUAAAGCAGUUCCGAGGCACCGUGAAAGACUUUGAAGGCUUUGAUGCCAGCAGUGAUGCUCAAACGUUGUACAAUGCUAUGAAAGGCAUCGGCAGUGACAAAGAAACCAUUUUGGAUUUAAUUACAUCCCGGAGUAAUGCACAGAGACAGGAGAUUGUUGCAGCUUACAAAUCUCUCUUUGGCAAGGAUCUGAUUGGGGAUCUGAAAUAUGAACUCACAGGCAAAUUUGAGCGCCUCAUAGUGUGUUUGAUGAGACCUCCAGCUUAUCAUGAUGCCAAAGAAAUCAAGGAUGCAAUCAAGGGUCUUGGAACCAAUGAAAAGUGCUUGAUUGAAAUUCUGGUUUCUAGAAACAACCAACAGAUCCAUGCCCUGAGGGACGCAUAUAAAGAUGCUUAUGGGAGAGACAUUGAGGCUGACAUAGUAAGUGACACUUCAGGGCAUUUCAAGAAGAUGCUGGUGGUUCUUCUGCAGGGAACCAGAGACGAAAGCGGAGUGGUGCAUGCAGACCUUGUUGAGGAAGAUGCGAAGGAGCUGUAUGCUGCUGGGGAGGAGCAGUGGGGCACAGAUGAAGCCACAUUCAUUAUGAUACUGGGCAAUCGCAGCGUGACCCACCUCCAGAUGGUGUUUGACGAAUAUGAGAAGAUAGCAGAGAAAUCCUUAGAAGACAGCAUCAAGAGUGAGCUCUCUGGAGACUUUGAACGACUGAUGCUCGCUGUAGUGCAGUGCAUCAGGAGCGUGCCCAUGUUUUUUGCAAAGCGUCUCUACAAAGCCAUGAAGGGUCUGGGAACUGCUGAUAACACUUUAAUAAGAAUCAUGAUUUCCCGCUCUGAGAUUGACAUGCUGGACAUCCGCGAAUGCUUCUGUCUCCUGUACGAGAAGUCACUGUACAACAUGAUUAAGGAUGACACAUCAGGAGAGUACAAGAGGACUUUGCUCAGGCUUUGUGGGGGAGAUGAUGAUCUAGCAGGCGAGUUCUUCCCCGAAGCAGCACAGAUAGCCUACAAGAUGUGGGAAAUUAGUGCCAUGUCCAAAGUUCAGCUCAAAGGAACUGUCCGUCCUUUUGUCGGGUUUGAUGCCAGCAGUGAUGCUAAAGCUUUAAGAAAAGCCAUGAAAGGCUUUGGUACUGAUGAAGAUACCAUCAUCAGUAUUAUAACACAGAGGAGCAAUGAACAAAGGCAAGAAGUGAAGCAGGUCUUCAAAUCCCUCAUGGGGAGGGAUCUCAUGGUAGAUCUCAAGUCAGAACUGUCCAACAAUUUGCGCCGGCUGGUCCUUGGACUCAUGAUGACCCCAGCAGAAUUUGAUGCCAAGAUGAUGAGGAAAGCAAUGGAGGGCGCAGGUACAGAUGAACAUUCUUUGAUUGAGGUUCUUGUGACCAGAAGCAACCAGGAGAUCCAGGCGAUGUGUGCAGCCUAUCAAGAAGCCUAUAAGAGCAAUUUGGAAGACGCAAUCUCUUCGGACACCUCAGGACACUUUUGUCGCAUUCUGGUCUCCCUGGUGCAGGGAGCGCGUGAGGAAGGCCCUGUGGACUUGGAGAGAGCUCUGGUGGAUGCUCAGGAACUUGCAGAUGCGUGCAAUGAUGACUCCAACGCUAUGGAGACCAGGUUCAUGAGCAUCCUGUGUACCAGGAGUUUCACUCACCUGCGCAGAGUCUUCCAGGAGUUUGUGAAAUGCACCAACAAGGACAUUGAGCAGAUCAUCAAGAAAGAGUUCUCAGCAGAUGUGAAAAAUGCCAUGUUCGCUAUUGUACGAAGUGUGAAGAACCAACCAUCCUACUUGGCCGAUCGCCUCUACAAAGCAAUGAAGGGUCUGGGCACAGAUGACCGCGCCCUCAUCAGAAUCAUGGUGUCCCGUAGCGAGGUUGACCUCUUCAACAUCCGGAAGGAGUUCAAGGACACGCAUGAUGUCUCUGUCCAUGACUUCAUCCAGAGUGACACCUCUGGGGACUACUGUAAAGCUCUGCUGCUGCUCUGUGGAGGGCAGGACUAAGACCACCCGUGUGCCACGCCAAAACGCCAAGACACUGUGUUUUCCACACCACGAGGCAGAAGCAACAAGACCCCUGGACUGCCUUCUCAUUGUCCAUCUUCACUGUUCACAUCACCAUAAAUCUUCACUGUAUUUCUUCACUGUUCAUUUUCACUGUAUAUCCUGUGUACUUUGAUUCUCUGCCAAGGUGCCCAACAGGCUUCGUACGAAAACAACUCAGAUUUGUGUGUUUUGGAGUGUGAGUAUUUGUGUGUUUGUUUCUAUGUAUGUAUGUAUAAGUAUGCAUAUGGCAUGGCAUUAAUGGAGAAGCAUUAACGGGCUUGUACUGAUAGAAGUGACACAUAUAUAUGUAAAACACACGAAAAGCCAUAAUUGCAAAUAAGCGUCUUAAUAAAGGCAAUUCAAGACUGGGCCGUUUAGUGCAGUCUGUACCAUGUGUCCAGUCUGUCAGUUAAUUUCUGUUCAUUUUCACACGCAAUGCUUGCCAAUAUUUACUGACAUCAUUGUACUCUCUAAAAUACCAUGUUUAAAACACAGUCACAAGGUGUCACGCACCAGGCAGCACGCCUCUCCCCUGCACCUGCGGCAAUCAUCAGCAGGCAAUAAGAGGAGCAGCUUGCUAGAGGACAAACCGUGGAACCUACUUCGGACACCACUGCCCUGUCUGUACCUUGACCAUUCUUCUGUCUUGCCCCUUAAUAAACACAGCACCUGCACUUGAGUCUGGUCUCCUGUACCAUCCUACACAAAGAUGACAGUUGGUACCUUUUUCUGUGUUCUGUUUACUCCAGGUAAUGAUGACAAAAAAUAAAUGGUCAAUGCAAAAACAAUUCAGUAACUGAAUUUGAACAUUGUUCCAAGCAUAUUAUAUUCCAAUAUUGCACUUUGGAUGUACAAAAAAUGUUUAAUUCUGGCUGCCAAAAUACUUUUUGGCAUACCAUAGCAGAGCACAUCUGUCAGUUCUAUUUUGAUAAAUGUGUGUAUAAAUACCAGAGCAGAAAGGUAAAAAAAAAAAAAAGUUAUUUUGAAAUAGAUUGGUGCCAAUUUCUUUUUAGUAUAUACAACAAAUGCUGGGGAAGCCCUGUGAUACAGUGCAGUCAAGACUCACACUACCAUAAACAAUUGUGCACAACACAACACUUGCUUCGUGCUGGGAGAGCCAACGAACC